AUGCCGGAGAUGUCUCUGAAAGACUCUAUAAUUACUUCUUUAAGCGCACAAGAACCGUGGCCAGAUAAUGUUAAACUUUUCCAACCAUAUGAAGUAGAGCAGAUUCUGUUACCUGAUAAUGCUAGCUGUCUUGCUGUCCAGGCAUUUUUAAAGAUGUGUAACCUUCCAUUUGAUGUAGAAAUGCGUUGGAAUGCAGAAUUUAUGUCGCCAUCUGGUCGAGUGCCGUUUAUCAAAUGUGGAGCUUUUGUUGUGUCUGAGCUUGAGCCAAUAGUCCAAUUUGCUGCUAACAAGGGUGUUUCAUUAUGCAGCAAGCUCAGUACAGAGGAACGAGCUGAAAUGAGGGCCUAUAUGAGCCUAAUCACCAAUGUUCUGGUGAAUGCUGAGCUAUACAUAUCGUGGGUUGACCAAGAGACCUUCAACACAGUGACUCGGGUUCGGAACUCGUCCGUGUAUCCCUGGCCAUUAGGCUGGAUACAGACCAGGUCAAAGAGAAAUAGUGUUAUUAAACGUCUCAAGGCAUUGCAUUGGUAUGACAAGACUUUGGAUCAGGUUUUAGCUGAUGUGGAGCAGUGCUGCAAUUCGCUCAGUCAACGUUUAGGUGAUAGAGACUACUUUUUUGGAACACCAACAGAACUGGACGCGCUAGUGUUCGGACACGUUUUCACGAUAAUCACAACGCGACUGCCGUGUCGCAAGCUAGCGGAAACAGUGCGUCAACACGACAGUUUAGUCGCGUUAGCUAAACGCAUCGACGAAAAGUACUUCAAGCGAGCAUAG